UUUUUUUCCCAUUAAAUUUGUUUCGUAGUUCACAUAUAGAUGAUUCACCUCUCUACCAACAAAAAAUUCUUUCCUUUUCCGUUUGAUUUCUUUGUUUUUAUUUGAAAUUUCUCAGGACAUUGACCUAAAAAUCUCUUUCACCAACCUGUCUAAAAAUUAUAGCGCAUUUUCAUUUUUGGGCAAUCCAAUAGUUAUGGAAGCAACAACUUCUAUUAGAGCAACCACAACUAGGGUUUGUGUUAUGAACUCAACCGCUCUGAAAUUUAAACAAAACUAUCUCUCAUUCAGAAAGUCUGUCUUAUUAAGAUCUCCAAUGGAUACAAAAUCGAUCUCUCCAAAUUCAAUUCGAGCUCAACAGUCCACAGCGACGAUUACAGAAACUGAUUACAAGAAUGCACUCAAAAUCAAGGAGUGGGAAGUGGGUAAGUUCCAAGAUGAGUUAGCUGCAAGCCAGGGAAUUAAAAUCAGAAGAAGGCCACCUACAGGACCUCCUUUGAAUUAUGUUGGUCCAUUUGAGUUUAGAUUAGCAAAUGAAGAUGACAAUACUCCUCGUGACAUCCUAGAGGAAAUCGUAUGGAACAAGGACAAAGAAGUCUCACUGCUAAAAGAGAGAAAGCCUCUAGCUACUCUAAAGAAAGAGCUCGAAAAUGCUCCCCCAGUUAGAGAUUUUUUGGGCGCUUUGCACAAAUCUCAUCUGCGGACAGGAUUGCCCGCUUUGAUAGCUGAAGUGAAAAAGGCUUCUCCAAGCAGAGGGGUAUUGAGAAAGGACUUUGAUCCGGUUAAAAUAGCUCAGGCAUAUGAGAAAGGGGGAGCAGCAUGCCUCAGUGUUUUGACGGAUGAGAAGUACUUCCAGGGAAGUUUUGAAAACCUGGAGAAAAUACGCAAUGCUGGAGUAAAGUGCCCUCUUCUGUGCAAAGAGUUCAUCAUCGAUGCAUGGCAAAUAUACUAUGCUCGCACAAAAGGGGCAGAUGCAGUACUUUUGAUUGCGGCUGUGUUGCCUGAUCUUGAUAUACAAUACAUGACCAAGAUCUGUAAAACUAUUGGUUUGGCAGCCUUAGUUGAGGUUCACGAUGAAAAGGAAAUGGAUCGUGUUCUUGGAAUAGAGGGGAUUGAACUCGUUGGCAUAAACAACCGUAACCUUGGAACAUUUGAGGUUGAUAUUAGUAAUACGAGACAUCUUUUAGAGGGAGAACGUGGUGAAGUUAUCCGUCAAAAAGACAUCAUUGUAGUUGGGGAAUCAGGGUUGUUUACUCCAAGUGAUAUUGCUUAUGUACAAGAUGCUGGGGUUAAAGCGGUACUGGUUGGGGAGUCGAUUGUGAAACAAGAUGAUCCAGGGAAAGGAAUAAGUGGACUGUUUGGUAAAGACAUAUCGCCAUAAGCAUGAUUCAAUUUUUUCAUUUUCCCUUUGUCUACGACAAACACUGUUGUAUGUUGUUUACUAGCACUGCCAUGAAUAAAAUUGAGUUUUUUCCCAGAAAACACUGAAAUGUUUUUUAUUUCUUAAUAAUUUAAUGAAACCAGAAACAAGGGAAUGACGAUUAUAAAAAUUC